AAAGCCCAGAGAGUCGCUGAGCUGUUCGGCAAAGCGGAGCGGGGUUACGGGUAGCGCUUUACUGCGGGAUUUAAUCAGCUCUGGACUUUAUUUCACCGGUUUUACCCUUUCUGCUGAGAGAUUUAAAGCGCGGACGGGUCCCGGCAGGCGAGAGGAACGCUCUCGUGUAAAGAGAGGAACCCAUCCCCCCAUCCCUCCUUCUGUCACUGACCCGGACCAGGCCUCGGGCCACGCUGCAGAACCCGCGGCAUGGACGGCUUUUAUGACCAGCAGGUCCCUUUCAUGGUGCCACCCAGCAAAUGUCAUGCUGAGGAGCCGCCGUGCAGACCACAGACUGACCGGAAGAGGAAGUUCGUGGAUACUGAGCUCGCCCAGGACACUGAGGAGCUCUUUCAGGACCUGAGUCAGCUGCAGGAAAUCUGGAUCGCUGAAGCCCAGGUUCCUGAUGAUGAACAGUUUGUUCCAGAUUUCCAGUCUGAUAACUUGAUGUUCCAUGGACCUCCUCAGACUAAAGUGAAGCGCGAGAGCAGCCCGAGUCGAGAGUUUUCACCGUGUGUACGCGAGCAGAGGCUCUCGCCCUAUGGAGAGAAGUGCCUUUACAACUACAGUGCCUACGACAGGAAGCCGUUUGGGUUCAAUAAGUCACUGACCUCACCCUCCACCCCUGUCUCACCCUGCGACUCCUCCCACAACACGGGGCCACACCCCCUGCAGAAAAGAGUCCCACAGUCCUCAGUCAGCUCUCACACACAGGGGUUGCCAGCACUAGUACAUGCAUCAGUACAUGCCCACAACCCAAGCCAAAACCACCACAGAACACAAACCCCAGUCCACAGCCAAAGCCCGCCUUUCGCAGUGCCCCACCCACCUGUCAGGAACGCAGAUGCCUCCUACAGUACAGAUCACAGGUUCCACAGGCAGCUUUCAGAGCCGUGUCUACCCUUCCCACAGGCCGAUGUCUGCUGUGGGACACCCUGUCCUCCACAGACCCUCAACCCCUUCCCACGGGAUAACCGUCCCCCUUACCACCGGCAAAUGUCCGAGCCCCUCGUCCCAGUCCCCCCUCGAGGGUUCAAACAGGAAAUGGUUGACCCCCGAUACCCUGAGCAGGGUGUACCCAGCAUGGGAGCAUCUCGCACCCUUCUGUUCCAGCAAAUGUCCAUCAAACAGGAGCCCAGAGACUUCGGCUUCGACUCAGAGAUAAAGAACUGCCAAUCCUCGUUUGGAAAGUCAUCCAACUUCUACAGAGCCAACAGCGAAGGGUUAAUGUAUGACGGGGAGACUCACCUCUACUAUGACGACGCCUGUGUGGUUCCUGAGCGGGGCGAGGCAAAGGUGAAGCAGGAAGGGGUGGGGUUUAGAGAGGGCCCACCCUACCAGCGGCGUGGUUCUCUGCAGCUUUGGCAGUUUCUGGUCACUCUGCUGGAUGACCCCUCAAACAGCCACUUCAUUGCCUGGACUGGACGCGGUCUUGAGUUCAAACUCAUUGAGCCAGAAGAGGUGGCUCGGCGCUGGGGUAUCCAGAAGAACCGUCCUGCCAUGAAUUACGACAAGCUGAGCCGAUCGCUGCGCUACUACUAUGAGAAGGGCAUCAUGCAGAAGGUAAAGGUUGCUGGUGAGCGUUACGUGUAUAAGUUUGUCUGUGAUCCAGAGGCGCUGUUCUCCAUGGCUUUCCCUGAUAACCAGAGGCCCAAUCUAAAGGCCGACCCUGAUGGGCCGCAGGUCCCGGAGGACGACACGAUGCCCCUGUCUCACUACGAUGAGCCCAGUGGCGCCCCCUACCUCAGAGACGGCCGUGAUCAGUGCUUGGCGGGAUUACCUUUCCCAGAGAGCUACGCAUUCUGACCUGCUUCUGAAUCUGUUGGGACUCCUGAACCAUACAGAGCUGAAAAGCUUACAUGAGUAUUUAAAUCUACAUUUUGAAUAUUUUAAAUCCGACUUUUCAUCAGCUUAAAAUAUUUAAUGGUGUGAUUCAUACAUUGUGCUACAUACAUUGUGUUUUGAAAUCUAUUUGUUUACAAAACAGAAAAGCAUCAGAUGGUGAUGAUUAUUUUGAAACAUUUUUCAACAGCAAAUUUCUCCACCUCACAUAUAGUCAAAACACAAAAAAAAAUCAGUUACACCAAUAAAUAUUUAAAGUUGAUCAAAGGUUAAGUAAUUUAAUUGAAAUCUACAGAAUGCUGAAUCAAAUACUUAUCUGCUCCCCUCAGCCACUGAGCAAGACCUGUAUAUAAAAAACACACACACAAUGAAACAUGCAUACUGAUUGACUCCUUUUCACUAAAGCUCCUCCCAUUGUGUCCUAAACAGUGGGAGAAUUCACCACCUGCAUUGUCUGUCCUUUUUUUUCCAUAUGAAACCCUUUUCUGCAGUUUUCACCCCAUCCUUCAUCCUGUGAUCUGAACUUGUGAAUGAUUCUCUCUCCUACACAUAAACUCUCUCUCUUUCUCUCAGUAAUGGACCUUUUCAAGGGUUUUUUGUUUUUUAUUGAUGGAAAAAAAAUCUAUAAAAGGGAUUUUGCAGUAUUUUUUCACCACGCAUCUGUUUUCUAUGUAUAAAUAUAAGAUAAGUGUAUAUUUUAAAGACUUUUGAGCUUUUGUGGCAGUUUUUUCUCUGUGUAGAGUCCACUGUCCACUUUUCUGCUCUGUCCUGCCGUGAGAUUUCUCAAGUUCUUUGAUGAAAUGUACCGAUACACCAUGUAAUGGUAUCGAAUGCUGAACUUUAUAACUAUAAUUUUUAAUAUUGGAAAGAUGUGCGUUUUAUUCCAGCCAUGCGAGUGUACAUGCUUUGUUAUGGGCCAGGCUGAGUUUAAGAUUUGCGCUUUUGUAUUAUGAUUUAAGAUGAUUUUGAAGACUGAUAUGAAUGGAAACGGGUUAAGGGGGGGGGAUUUUAAAAGAUAAAAACUAUGUAUAUUAUAUGACUAUAUUUUUGCAAAGUCUGCAUUUGAUUUUCUGUCAUUGUAUAAGCUUGUAUACCAGAUUUUCAUCACUCUAAUAUAGGCGCAUUGUACACAGUGAUGAUUAGGGACACAGUGGGAAGUUGAGCUGUGUCUAGACAGGAAGUCAGAGGUUUUUGUUUGUUUAUUUCCCACAACAUAUCUGUUGAAAUGUUGAUGAUGAAAUAUGAACAUUGGAAAUUUACAUUUCAGUUUCAGUUGGUUUGAUAGGCAAAACAGUUCAUGACUUCAUUGUUAGAAUUGUAUACUCCACAAUCAAAGCCCUUAUAUGCUGCUGGGCAGUUAUUUCCAGUCAGGCGAGACCAGACAUCUGUUUGAGUGGUGAGAGAUCUGAUAAAAUCUGAUUAGAAUAAAACACCUAAACAGUUUAUAAUGUUUGGCUUAAUACUGCUUACUGGUAUUUGUGAUAUAUAUAUAUAUAUAUUUGGCUUGUUCUGGCUACUGUGCUUAUGGUAUGAACACAAGCCUGACUUUUGACUAAUUAGAAAUAUUUAAUGGCGUAAUUCACUAAUUAGAAUUUUAACAGAUUUUUGCAGAAAUUAGCUGUUGAAAAAAUAGCUGAUACAAAAAGAAAUCCAUAAGUAUAUAUAAAUACAAUUUAUUUAAAUAAAAAUUAUAAUAUAUUAUUAAUAUAUUAAUAUAUUAUUAAUAUAAUUAAUCGAUCUGAACAAUUAUCAAAUUAUUUUUAAAUCUGAAAGCUAUUUUAAAAUGUAUAGCAAACUUUGUCAUCUCACAAAAAAUCAUUGGUAAAAUUAAUUUUUUUGAAUUACGCCAAUAUAUAUUUUAAGAAUCGCAAGUUAAUUGGCUCUUUUUUCUUGAUGGGUGGGACUCUGCAUUGAGCACUAUAAGAACCUUCCAUAUUUCAACCAGUGGGUGGUCUCCUCAUUAAUAAUGUCACCGGUAUAGUGUGUGGUAACCCACCCUGGUUAACAUGCUUUCUAUACCAUGUUUGAAUAUGUUGAAUUUUGGAACUGUUUUGCCAAUUCUGCAAGUAUUUGUGAUUUGUCAAACAAUCCCAAGCUUGCAGAUUUUUUAAAUACACAAAUCUGAUCAAGCAUAUCAAGCUGCUUUCUAAACGUAGCCCCACUGCUGGUUUGUGAUCAAGGCCUUUGUUAUACAGUCCAAAAACGAUCAAAUUCUAGUUUCCGAUGUUUAGUCUUUCCUUGUAAUCAUACUGGUCUGGUUUACUGUAAGGGAAACUGAACUGCUUUUAGCAGUAAACAGGAUGAGACCCAUGUAGCUGAGCUUUAUGGAUAAUCUGGGUGUCCCUACCUCCACUACUAUGCUUUAUAAUCUGUUCUGAGUACAAUAAACUCAUUUCUGCUUGA